AAUGGAGAAAAUGCUCAAAACCCCCCACAUCGUCCUCCUCGCAAGCCCCGGCAUGGGCCACCUCAUCCCCGUCUCCGAGCUCGCCAAACGCCUCGUCGUCCACCACAACUUCACCGCAACAGUUAUCACCUUUUCCGGCUUCUCUUCCCAAUCCCCGCACCACCUCUCCCUCCUCUCCUCCCUUCCCCCCGGCAUCACCUCCCUCCCUCUCCCUCACAUACCACUCGACGAUCUCCCACCUGAAACCCGCACGAAGACCCCCAUCUCCACCACCAUUGCUCGCUCCCGCCCGCUCCUCCACCGCAUCCUCCUCAACCUCAAGUCCUCCGGCAGUCUCGCCGCCUUCAUCGUCGACAAUCUCGGGCUCGCCGCACUCCCCGUUGCUGAAGAAAUCGGCAUCCUUGGCUACGUUCUGUUUACGUCCUGCUUCACCAUGCUCUCCGUAGAGCUCCACCUUCCUCAACUCUCGGAAACAAUGGCCUGCGAUUUACGUGACCAUCCAGAACCGCUUAGGCUCCCGGGUUGCGGCAAAAUAAGAGGCCGAGAUCUCCCGGAGCCGAUACGAAACCAAUCUCAUCCCGGCCAUCAGCUCGCGAUAUACCACUCCAAGAUCUACAAUGAGGCCGCCGGUAUUUUGGUGAACAGUUUCGAGGCAUUAGAACCGGGACCAGCAGAGGCCUUGAAAGCCGGAAAUCCGCCUGUUUAUCCAAUCGGGCCGCUGGUCAGAACCCGGCCGUCGGAAUCGGUGGAGUGCUUGCGAUGGUUGGAUAAGCAGCCGGAAGCUUCAGUUGUGUUCGUAUCGUUCGGGAGCGCGGGUAUGGUGUCGCGCGUGCAGGCGGAGGAGCUGGCGAUGGGGCUGGAGAUGAGCAAGAUGCGAUUUUUAUGGGUGGUGAGGGUUGGCGGAGAAGGGGAAGGGUCGUCGGUGCAGGUUUUGCCUGAUGGAUUUGUGGAGAGGACGAAGGAGUUUGGGAUGGUGGUGGAGGGAUGGGCGCCGCAGAUGUCGGUGUUGGAGCACGUGUCGACGGGUGGGUUUAUGUCUCACUGCGGAUGGAAUUCGGUGCUGGAGAGCUUGGUGAACGGGGUAGCAAUGGCGGCCUGGCCGUUGCAGCACGAACAGCCGAUGAACGCGGGGAUGAUGGUGGAGGAAGUGAGAGUUGCGGUGAGGGUGAGGAUCGGUGAAGAGGGUUUAGUGGGGAGAGAGGAGGUGUGUAGGGUGGUGAGAGAGCUGAUGGAAGGGGAACAGGGGAAGGAAGCGCGGAAGAGGGCGAGGGAGAUGAAGAAGGCGGCGGCUGAGGCGUUGGGAGAGGAGGGGUCGUCAUGCAAGGCGUUUGCAGAGGUGGUCGAACGGUGGAGAUCUUGCAUUGCAUAGCUUGCAAGCUGAGCUUAGAAGCAUCUGUGUUCUUAGCUUUGAAGAAAAAAUAAAGGCUUUGUUGGUGGUGGGAAAAGAUGAUCUAUAAUAUAUUGAUCUUUUUCCAACGUGUUUUGUCUAAGCUCUAACAUGCCCUGCGUCCUCAAUAUAAUUCCCAAUGGUCAAUCUAGAAAAUAUUAGUUGCAUUGCAGAAACCUAUGAUCGGCAAAUAAGAGACUAAGUUUAUAUGCA